AUGGCGAAGAUGACCCCGUAUCUCAAAAAGCAUGUUGCCAACAGCCUCGCACCGCUACAAGAGGAGCUCUCGCGCAGCCAGCAGCGGGUCAAGGGCCUGGAAGAAGGGAUCGACAAGCUCUUCGAAGCCAUCGACCAGCCAUCCAGCAGCCUCCAACUGCGCGUCAAGCUCCAACGCCGCCCAGCCGGCAAUCUCGAACCAGCCCCCGACCGGUCUAUCCGCCCCUUCUCCCUCCACCACCACACCACCACCACCACCACCGAGCCCAGCCUCCGAGCGUCGCACCGCCACCUCCUCGCCCUGCACGAGAACCUCCGCACCAUCGUCACCGACCUCUCCCUGAACCACAACCACCUGUCCCGCCGCGUCGAACAGGGCGACGCCCACAACUCCAUGGUCUGCAUCAACGACCGUCUUCGCCUGGAAGAGCAACUGUCCAUAAUGAGUAAUGCCCUGUUCAGCACCAGGGCACAGGUGCAGUGGCUGCUGAACAGGGAGAGGACGCUGGGUGCUGCUAUUGAUCAGCAACAACAGCAGCAGCAGGCUGCGAUGAGGGGGAGGGCUCUAGCAGCCACGGUGGUGGGUCAGGCACAGACUGCAGAGCCCGGUGCUGGAGCCAAUGGAAGUGGAAACGGAAACGGGAAUGAGUAUCCAGCGGGCACCGGGCCUGGGAUUGCUGGGCCGCAGUUGAGACCGGCGAGGAGGACCAGUGGGGGCGGCAGCCAGGAGCGAGUCAAGUUGUGA